GCGCUGGUAGGACUGUCAGAUGAGGUCAAGCUACAGCGGGUCCUAAGGUAUGUCUUGCACAGUCACCACCCUAAGUGAGCAAGGUCGUGGACGCCGCCAAUGGCGACUGGAUGAGGUUUGGGGACCUGAUGCGGAGAAAGUAUAGGCUGGGAGAUGGGUUACUGACCACGACAGAUUUGGAGGCAAUAAAUAAGGAGGAUUUCUCCACGAUCGGGGCCUUCGUGCACGAGUUUAAGAAAAAGGUAAGGAAGGUGCACAGGUUGUCAGAGGAAGCGGAGUGUGCCAUCUUCUUGGGGUUGCUCACGGGCUCGGAGGCCUCAGAACUGACGAGCCACGGGGGCGGAAGUGAGAAGCUCACCUGGGCCACUAUCGACAGGGGAGUGAAAGAAGGGAGUCUGGACCAGCUGGAGGAGCACCAGGUGUGGCUGCAAAGACGCAAGAGGAAGGAGAGAGAUGCCAGCGCGUCUAGGACACCGGGGGUAAAGAAGAUUGUCACGGAUGUACUGGUGGCAUUGGGGUACGACAAUGAGGCCGAGGUGCGGAAGAGAGGGGUGACCGUGGCCCAGGGCCGGGCAUCAGGGGUAGUGGAUGAAAAGGCGGGGCACGAGGACUAUGGUGGAGAGGAGACGGGCUUCCAGAUCCUGACUAAGGCCCAGAGGAAACAGCGCAACUUACUGACGGGAGGCCAAGGAUCAGGAAAGGGGCAAGCCCCGCAAGCUGUUGCUGCCCCGCCACCUACCACCGCGACGGUGCCGGCGUCAGCAGGACCUUCGCAUAUAGGGCCGCCGCCGGCUUGUGGGCACUGGGUGCCGCAUUGUCACACUGUACGGUUCUGCGAGCGGCGGCGGGAGGAUGAAUUGUCAGGGUCAAUCUCCUCUUGUAUGGACGGGGAUAUAUAUGAUAAGUGGGGUGAGCAUAUUGACCCCAGGACCCCGGGAGGAAUCAGGCAAGAGGCUCUCCGGCGAGCAGCAGCAGGGCCCACAGCACCACGGGCAAUGUUUAGGAUGUGGCAGGAGAAGGAAGAGCCGACCGUAAGAGUCGAGGAGAUUGUGGGAGAUAACGAAGAGGUCACUCAGCGACUGAAGGCGGGGACUAUAAAGGAGGAGCCAAUAGUUGUCGAGUUGGAUGCCGAAGAGCAGGAGGACAAAAGGGAGCCGACCAUAGCCAUCCUGGAGAAGAUGGAGGAUCUGUUGGAGAAGGUGGGGAGGUACCAGCAGAAGUUGCAAACUUUGUGUGAAGAGGCCCUAAGGUGGGAGGCCCACCUGCCGGAGGUCUUCCUUUAUGACUCUGGGCCGGAGCCUUCGCCAGGGCAACCAGGGGGCCCAAGGGUGGCGACUGUGGGGACAGGCCCCAGGUCGGGGAUGACCUUUAGGCCCCCCACAUCGCAUGGGAGGGUGCCACAAGCGGCGCGAACCUGGAGCCAAGCCAAGACCGGGCCUAGUCAAGAGCCCAGCCAGGCGCCCAGUCAGGCAACCCCUCGAAAGGAGCCUGAGCCAGGGCGCAGGAAGGACGCGUUGUCAGAGUCGUGCGCAGGGAGGCCUAUAAUCUCGCUUAUAGACCUCUAUUCUGGGUACGACCAAUUCCCCGUGUACCCGCCAGACAGGCCCGUAACGGCGAUGCAUACACCCAGAGGGCUGAUUCAUAUUACCGUGGCACCUCAAGGUUGGACGAAUGCGGUGGCGAUGGUGCAAAGACACAUGAUUACAGCCAUGCAGACGGUCAGUCCACAUAUCAUCCAGCCCUAUAUCGACGACCUGGCAGUCAAAGGUCCAAAGGAGAAAGAGGAAGACGAGGUGAUGCCGGGAGUAAGACGCUUCGUCUGGAAGCAUGUCCAGGACAUCGAUCAGGAAGGCCCCACUCAGGUAGAGGAGCAUGAACAACUAAUGGGAGGGAUGUAUCUACUAACUAAUACGCUCCUGCAAGGAGACUUCGACCGGAGAGGCUCGUUUAGUCAUGAGGAAAGUGAAAUCCUGAUUCCUGAGAGCCAGGACGAUGAGUUCGAAGAGGGAGAGAUCAAGGAGGCGUUUCGGGCGGAGGAGUAUGAUGGGAUCUACCUGGAGUUGGGGUUGUUCCUAUCAUGUGAAAUGAGGGAUAGAGACGCAAGUGCCAAAGCGCAGAAGAUGAGGCACCUCUACGUCGUAAGAGAUGACCAUCUGUUUAUAAAGCGGCAGGUCGGGAACCCCAAGAGGAUCGUACGUGGGAGGAACCGGCAGAUUGAUAUCAUAGCAGCCCUACACGAUGGUAUAGUAGGAGCGCAUAGAGGGAUAGGUGCCACAUGCGCGAAGAUAAGCGAGCUCUACCGUUGGGAUGGAAUGUUGACGAUGGUCAUCAAGUACCGCCAAUCCUGUGUACCUUGCCAGGAGAGGUCAGCGCAAAGGCCGGGAGAGCCUCUGCACCCAAGGUUGGAAAGGGAAGUGGGUGCGGUUGUACACCUGGACCUGUUGUUCAUGCCAGUUGGAAAAAAUGGGUGCAAUUACAUCUUCGAUGCUCGGGAUAACCUUACCGGGUUUGUGGACGGUCGGGCUAUCCGGACGAAGACUGGCCCAGUUUUGGCAAGUUGCAUCGAAGAGUAUUACCUGCGCUAUCCUUUUGUCAAGGAGUUCGUGAUAGAUCGAGGAUCGGAGUUUACCUGCAAUAAGGUGCGAACCUUGCUUGCAGGGUAUGGGGUAGUGGCCAACUAUACUACGGCCGCGCACCCUCAAGCGAACGCUCCUGUGAAGAGGGGGCACAGUACCAUCACGAACCUCUUGGCUAAGUGGACAGAGGGCAAGCCUAGUUAGUCUGACUUUUCGAAGAUAGCCAUGCAGAGGGGCGGGAGGGGCGCGCGGCCACGACAGAGGCCUCAGGGAGCAUCAGGAGAGGAUGACUUGUGCAGACCGUUUGGGAGGGAGUCUACGCCUAUCUUUAACGACGAUAACAUAGAGCUUUUUCUGGACUCCUACCAGGCACAUGCGGCACGGGAGGGCUGGUCUACCUUAGAGAGGAUACGACACCUGAGGGGAGUUGGGCGCUUUGAGGAGCCCAUCGCGCAUAUUCGGGAGGAGGCUUUGACCUGGCAGGAUGUAGAAGCGAGGAUGCAGAGGCUAAGGGCUUCGCCGCGGGGACCAGAUGGGCUGCCUAUUCGGUUGGAGGAAGGCAAUGCGGAAGAGUUCAUCCGUGCCUACGAGCAGUAUAUGCGCGACCAGGGGGGUGGGCAGGAGGAGCGUUUCGACGGCCAGAGAUGGAGAGACCUGCCCAGGGUGGAGAGGCGUCAGAGAAGCAAGAGGCCGCCGGACCCAGAGGCGAGAGGAGCCGCUACGACUAGAGGAGGCCGAAAGGCCUUGGCCAAGCGAGAGGGGCCAGUGGAGUCCGCCCAGGCAGUAGAGCCAGUUCAGGCCGCGGGGCCGUCUCAGGCAGCGGAGUUACCACCUGCCCAUGGACUUGAGCAGGUGGAGUUUCGUCGGAUCACGGGUAGUGAUCUACGGGGCCCGUCAACGAUGCCGCCAGAGGAGGAGGAGGCUGUACCAUCGAAGACACCGCUCGACAGCCUGGAGGCCCAUCUUGAUGCGUCCCAAUGGGGGACGUCGCAGUUAGGAGCAGGUCAGGAUGAGCCAACACGAUAUGAGCUAGUAGCGGACGAGCCAGAGGCGGAGCCGCGUGGGCCAGGAGGGCUGCGAGGCGAGAAGGUUAUUAUCGUCAGGGAUGAUACCCCUCCUCCUGCCCCGAUUCCGGAGCAGACGCGACAGUAUUGGCCUGAGGGGAUUCCGGAGCCGGACAGCGAGGAGGCUCCAGUACCGCCCCCGGAAAUCACUACGUCGCCUCCGAUGCGGGCAGGGGCAGAAGGGCGACAGGAGGAUGAGAGGACGGGGGCACCUGCUACUGAGGCAUCACACCUCGAAGAUGGAGGUGGGGCAGUUAUCUACCCAAUUGAUGGAGGAGAGGGCAGAGAACCGAGCGUGGAGAUCCCGUAUGCAAGCCAAGGAGGCGGAAUGGGAGAGGAGGCUCCGGGACAUGGCAGCGAUUGUGGAGAGGCUCUCGGCCACCAAGGUGGUCGAGAAGACGGAGCAGAGACGAUAUGGUAUCCAGGGGGAGAGAGUACAGGGGCUCUUCGGACGGGGAGGGGCAGCGGCGUCAUCCCCGCGAGAAGGGAUGGGAAAGGUAUUCCUGGACCCGGCGGAGGCGGAAGCAAGGCGGAAAGCCGGGGAGGAGAGUUUCAGCUUCAGGGCUCCUACAGAGUUGGCCUCACACACAUCUCAGAGCAGCUGCAUGAGGUUAUGAGCGGGACAGCGACUGUCGUGACUCCACAACCUUCUGGCCUGCAUAGAGACGAGGAGGCGACUACGAUGGGAGGGGUCCGCGAGGGUAGGCCACUGAGAUUGGACACUCCAGCGUACCGACCCGAGGGAGGUGAGAUGCUAGCAGGGCCGAGUACCCAGAUGAUGGAGGCAGGACUGGCGGAGUCAUGGAGUAUGCCCCAGAGCCAUGAGAUGAGCAGAGAGGCCAGUGAGACACCGUCGUUGCCAGGACCCCAGAAGAAGAAGAGGAGGUGUCAGGGGAGACCAGACGAUCAGUGCUUCUUCUGCAAGCAUGGCGUACUUAGGGCUCUUGAAUGCCCAGAGUUCCUCAAGGAUAAGGCGGUUGCGAGAGUGACAGAGAGCGGUGGGAGGAUGUAUGACAGACAGGGGCGAGUGGUAGAGCGGGCUCCAGAUGGGGUUAAGGCAUAGUUGUAUAGGCAGAACCAAGAGGUCAUGAGUGAC